CGUUCUCAGCUUGGUUUGCAAACUUGCUUGUCUAGUUUUUUUUUUUUUUUUCGUUCUCACAUUAAUCAAGCGAUUUAUCCAGUGGAUUCAAUAAUCACCAUCGAAAUAUAGUUUGACAAGCUCCAACCGAAAAAAAGGCUGAAUUUCACUCUGUUUGUCGCUCUCUCCACUUGAGCCAGUUCCCUUUGUAUCAACUGGUAACCAAUAUCCCAAUCUCAGAUAACACCUAAUCUUGGUUGGUAGUUUGAGUUUACUACGUACAUCUUUUCUAUUUGGGACGUGCCCCGGCAACCUCCAACAUCACUCCGUGCCUCCUCAUACCGUUGCAGGCAUCAACUUGACCCUUCAUCACACAAUAAAUGGUGAAGUGGGCGGGUGUCAUCCCAAAGUUUCUUCCCUGACUCUACAGUACAAGGAUUAAGCCAUCUGUUGUGGAAGCAAUCACCCCAGGAUCUUACACCUUACAAUAACAACCCUUUCUUGUUGGUGAUAAUCGCGCAGGUUUUCCCUUUGAUCGUUGACCCUGGCCAGAAAUGGAGAAUGGGUCCAGGUCAUCGGCGGCUUCCCUGACAGCUUCCGGAUCGCGUGAAUCGUCGGUCAAAUCAAGGAGGUCGAUUUCAAGCAAGAACAGUAGCUUUCGACUACCCAUAAACGGAGAUGAUGAACAAAUCCUCGAGCAGGAUAUGGCAAAAGCGGAUGCCAUCUCCGAAGCGUGCAAGUUUCGCAAGAUCAACCGACUCAAAGAACUGGCAGUAUCCAGAGGAGGCUUUUUGUCGGAUCGCUUGAGGCGACAGGCAUGGCCGGUCCUGCUUGGUCUAGAACCCGAAAGCGAUGAGGUCGUGGUGGAUAGAAAUGUGUCUUCCUCCCCGGUUGAUGAUGAUGGUUUGUGGAAGGAAAUGCCUCGGCACCGAGACGAAGACCAAGUUCAACUUGACGUAAACAGGGCAUUUAUAUACUACCCCAACAUCGAAGAUCCAAUCGACAUGGAGCAUCAAAAGGCAGAGCUAUCCAUGUUAAUUGUCGAGGUUCUCCGCACCAACCCUUACCUCUGUUACUUUCAAGGCUAUCAUGAUAUAUGUCAAGUCUUUCUCCUUGUUCUUUCUCCUUCUCAACGAGCCGCAAUAGUCGCACGUCUCUCGGUCCUGCGGAUCCGGGACUUUAUGCUACCCAACCUCACACCUGCAAUCGCCCAACUCCGCCUGUUACCCGACAUUCUUCAAGCCGCUGACCCGUCCUUGUGUCACCACCUCUCUCAGACCGAGCCUUUCUUCGCCCUAUCCGGGACCCUGACCAUGUACGCCCACGACGUGCAGACGCUGGGAGAGAUUGCCAGGCUCUUCGACGCAUUGUUGGCGAUGGAGCCCGUGUUCAGCGUGUACGUCUUCGCCGCGAUAGUCAUGAGCCGGAGGGCGGAGCUCUUCGACACGCCGCCCGACGAGCCCGAGAUGCUGCACUCGAUCCUCUCCAAGCUGCCGCAACCUCUGGAUCUCGAUGACCUGCUCGCGCGCGCCGUGUUGCUGGCCGAGGACCACCCUCCAGAGACGUUGCCGAACUGGAGGCGCGGCAUCUCGCCCAACAGCGUGCUGAAGACGGCGCGCGACUCGGCUGUGUGCGCAAAGCAGACUCUGGAUCAAGGCAGGCAGUUCUUUGAGCGCCAGGUCCGGGAGCUUGAGUGGGAUGAGAAGCGGGAGAAGGCAAUGGCUGUGCUUUGGGCUUACAGGAAGCCCGCAAGGACCAUUGGGUUCGCUGUUGCUUUUGGGAUCUUGGCGUUUUGGUUGCGGCGCUCACCAGGACCGCUUACGUAUAUUGCUUCCAUGUCAAAUCGAUGGCUGAGGGACUGAUUGCUUGUACUCUGUUACCAGCUCGGCUCUCCAUAUUUUUGAGACAAUUCACCACGAAGGCUGGUCCCAGACCGUAGCAGCGGCGGCAGCCAAUCAAGCUUCAUUUCUCAUGUCUACUGCUUAGCUAUACCAAGAAUUACGCGCCCUCCUGGAAAGCCUUCUUCAGGUUUUCAAAGUGCUCCUUUUGCUCAUCAGCAAGCUUUCCUUCCGAAUCCCCAAUGAUGGUCGAAAUUAGCGAAUAAUUGUUGUACAGAAAUCUUUCUCGUUUCCUCUUAUCUUUGCCAAACCAUGCCUGGCUAAACUUUGUCAAAAAGACCUCCGUCUCGGACCGAAGUCUCCCAAGACUUGCCAUGAGCGGCUCGUCGUCGCCGGCGUCGGUGCUCAGGACCAAGAGCCCGUGGAGAAGCUGACCGAAGCGCUGCGUGACGACAUGAGGCGCUGCCGACUGUUGCGCAACAGCUGAAGCGGCUGGUUGGCGAGUGGGCAAGGCGCUGGUGAGCGUCCGGACAGAAUCACAGUGGUGGCUCAUGACCAUUUGCAGCCGUGGCCAGAGAAGCAUGGAUGUUCCGUUGAUAUAGCCGUCAGCAGCGGGAAUACGCCGCCUUUGCAACUCGAAGGCCAGCCGCUGGUUCAAUCGGAUGCAAAUGACCAGGCCCAGACAAUCGUAGGAAUUGUCAAUCAAUGACUUGGAUAGCGUCCGACCCAGGGCAAAUGUUGACUCGAAGAUCUCGCUAAAGUGUCGUGAUAUCGAAGACACAGGGAGUGCGGGCGUGAAGAACUGUGUCAGGAAUGUGUACUCCGCCGAAGCAUUGUCCACAAGUGCCAGAUUGAAAUUUCUGAAAGGGACCUCGAGAUAGUGCGUUGUCUGAUCUUCUUCUGCCAAGUAUGACGACAAGGCCUGUUGAUUACCAGUCUUCAAGAUGUCAAGCCGUCGGCCGAGGUUAAAAGCGUCAUGUGGUGGACCAGAAAUCUUGGCACUGGAAAGAACUGUUUUCCUGGAGGAAUCAUCGUGUCCCAAAACAUCGUUCUUGUCAAGAACAUGAAGCUUGAGCUUUUCAAGAGCUUUUUGGUACCGUGUAAACUGUGUCAGGUAGUACCACUUCAUGGUGUUUUUGUAUGCCUGACAUAUCUCCUCUGCCAGGAUAGCAUGGUGCUUGUGUAAAAAGACAAACAAUUCUUUGAAUCUGAGAAAGUUGUGCUGUUG